GAUGCAUUCCAUGAAACUCCUCCUCCGCUUCCCCUUUUCACUUGUUUUUCAAUGUUGCUUAAUGUUCCUGUCCUCGCUUGUGUUCGAUUCCACCCAGCAGGAUUGUUGCAGCGGCUAACGGUCGUCCAGUCGUCGCGUGCUUGUCGAGAAAAAAAAGGCAAUGGAAGGGGCGACAUCAGCAAAUGGCGCCAGAUUGUUGCGUGUCGCUCGCUGGUUUGACGCAGAAGCAGCUGCCGUGGUGUCCAUCCUUUUGGGAGUGUUCCAGGUGCUACUGUCGGUCCCACUCUCCAUGAGUCACCAAAGUCUCCCAAAGUUAUUCAUACUCCCGCUUGUAUCGGGAAUUCUUAUUGUGGCAGGUGGAUCAUUUGUCAUGGCGAAUGAGAGAAAUCCUAGCAGACUAUUGCUUGGAGGUUCCGCCUGCAGUAAUGUAGUCGGCUUGCUGAGUGCGCUGCUUGCCUUCGGCCUCUACUGCUUCAGCCUCAGCACCCAAGUCAACAACGAACCCUGUGUGAUAUCAUCCAUGGAUUCAUAUUGGCCCAGAAUCUGCCCUGCAGAAAUCCUACUUGCAUAUUGCUGGAGUCUGACACUGAUGCUGCUGCUGUAUGAUUGUGCUGCCAUGGUCCUACACGGCGUCUUCUCAGUCUAUUCCCUCAAAGCCCUCAAAAGUGACUGAUACAGGAUGUGGAUACUCGGCGAUAACCACUUCCACACUGCUUGCAAAAGAUGGACUUUUGUCACUUUUGUUUUCUGACGCUCGCAAAGCCAAAGGCUGCGCUGCGUUUGUGUACCGAGUAGAUAUGUGGCGCAAUGAACACUUUAUGUCGUGUGGGAAAUGUGAAAUGUGUACUCCUCUGUGUCAUACUGAAUGUUGCAUAGUGAGAAAUCUGAUUAUGAAUACAUGUAUCGUGCUUUGGCUUAUCUCUUACUUUUGCAGCAUGUAUUCAGAUUUCUGUGCUUUGUUUCUUUGUUUUUGUUUGCGCCAUAUCCCUCACAAGAUGAAGAAAGUAUAUACUAUAUAUGUAUCUGUAAUAUGUUAUAUUAAGCUUGUUGUUCUAUUACUUCAGAAGUAGUGCUUAAGGUUUUGAAGCUAGCCUCCCUUCACUGACUUUCUAUUGGAUUGGGGUCUGGACACUGACUAAGACACUGUUAGAUCUUAAUGGGAGUACAAUGCUGCUCUUUGUUGUAUGUUUUGGGUCAUUGUCAUGCUCAAAGACACACCCACGGACCAUCUCCAAAGCAGAGUGUUUUCAACCAAAAAAAUGAAGGACUAUUAGUUUCUUUGUAAGAGAGUGACAUUACAAAAUCAACAGGGGAUUAAAUAAUUUCCAGACUAUAGCUAGGGAUGCAGGAACAGACUUGACUGGGUUCUCAAAAUAUUUCUAUUAAAAAUAAUUUAAUUCUGUUUUCAUCAUUUUAACACAUAUCAUUCAGAGAUACUAUAAUAUUCAAAUUAUUAUGUAUUAUUAACAUGAAUGAAAGCAGCAAGGCCAUUUUAACAAAGGAUUUUUAAUAAUUUCUUCACAAUUUCCUGUGAGGUAUUCCUGUAAAUCAUUUAUAUAGUUUCAUAAAUAAAGCUUUUAACUUAGUUUUUAAA